AAACAAUGCGGUCUCUAUGGAAGCAGCAGCUCAGUGGUUACACCGGAGUUGUUUCACUUCACAGGACACUGGCAGGAACCUCUGAUCAUCACCAUGGCUCUUCCCCUCCUGCCAGGAAACUCAUUUAAUAGGAAUUUAGGGAAAGAAAAGUUCCACAAGUCCCAACACUUCGGCUACAGCAAUGACAUCUCUAUGUUGCUGGGAGAAGAAAAGCCAGGUAUUGGGGGAGAGCCUCGUAUUGGACAGAAAUUAAAGCCUAACGUCAGUGUUUAUCCCCCAGGAGUGGGCAGUGACUCGCCAUCUUGGGUAGCCUUUGACAAACAGGUUCUUUCAUUUGAUGCAUAUUUUGAAGAGGAAGUCCAUGAAAGAAGGGAAGAGACCUACCGAACAAGACAGUGUAAAAUAUAUUUCUACCUUGAAGAUGACACGAUUCAAGUGGUAGAACCCCAGAUGAAAAACAGUGGAAUUCCACAGGGGACAAUAAUCAGACGCCAUCGUAUUCCACUUCCACCCCCUGACAAUGACCACUUCUACACUGUGGACCAUUUUAAUAUCAAUAAGGACAUUGUCUUGUAUUCAAGAACCUUCAACAUAGUUAACUGUGAUGCAUUUACUAGAAACUUCCUAAGAAAACUUGGGGUCAGAAUAAAUCCACCGGGAUCUAUUCCAGCAGAUGCCUACUCGACAAUGCGCAAGCAGAUGGAGGACAAUCUGAAUCCGUUACGCCCUUACGAACGUAUAGACACCCUUAAACAGUUCCUGGAUUAUGACAGACAUGUGCUGCGGUUUUACUGCUUUUGGGAUGACACACCUUCAGCUUUUGGAGAUACAAGAACGCUGAUAUUACAUUAUUUCUUGGCUGAUGACACUGUUGAAAUCAUAGAGGUCAUACCACCAAACUGUGGGCGAGAAUAUGUUCCAGUCUUUCUGCACAGAGGAAAACUGCCCAAGAAUGGUUCACCCAAAAUGUAUAAACCUGGAGAGAUCACUGCACGCACUGUCCUGAAUGUUUUUGGGCCAUUGGGACAUGGAGGUCGUUAUAUUCUGGAUAAUCGAAAGACUGGGGCUGUGGAUCAGGAAUUUUACAAAGAUUGUGAUCUGACAAUUGGCGCUGUAAUCAGUGCAUGGGGGCGAAAUAUAAUCCUGUGCGACUGUGAUGAAUUUACCAAGAAUUAUUACAGAACAAAAUAUGGAAUUGAGGACUUUACUCCGAUUCAGCACAAGGCUCCCCAACCUUCAAGAGUUGAGAAGCAGAUUCCACCAUACAAUGGCUUUGGUUCUGAGGAAGAUUCUCUUUGUUCUUGUUUGGGACUGUUGCCAAAACCACCACAGCGGGAUUUCAUCAAAUUUAUGGAAAAAGACAGGAAUGGCCUGGAAAGCAAUAUUCUUAGGUUUGUUGCAAAACUUAUCAGCGACAACCCAAUUGAUAAAGAAAGAAAGUUCAUUAUCUCCUAUUUCCUAAGUGAUGACACGAUAGUUGUGUUUGAACCACCACAACGAAACUCGGGAAUCCUGGGUGGUAAGUUUUUGGAAAGAUGUCGUGUUAAGAAACCUGGUCAAGAGUUAUUCAAGAGCGAAAUGUCCGAAUACUUCAAGGCUGCAGACCUGUUCGUUGGUGCCAGGGUUAAUUUUCAUGGAUACAACUUUAUUUUAGUGGAUGCAGAUGAAUAUGUAUUCAACUACAUGGAGAAGAAUGUAAACGAGUUCCCUAUGGCCAAUAUUGCUUCAAUUAAAAGCAAGCUGAGGAGCAUUGGUGAAUCAAAAGUCAGGGAAAUCAAGCAACUAUUUGCAGCCAAUGAUCCUGGAAACAGAAAUGAGAUCACAUAUGAAACAUUAAGAAAUGUCAUUGUAGAAAUUUCAGACAGAAAACUGACGGAGCAUGAAAUAAUGACUGUCGGACGCUACUACAGUAUACGAGAGAAGCCAGAAGUUGAUUUAGGUCUUCUGAUGGCUGUUGCCCAAGAACAACUGAAGAAAAAGUCAUUUGAAAACUUUGGCAAACUUUCUGAUGCUUUUGUUUACAAUGAUCGUGAAAGGAAAGGCUUGCUGCCACUCCAAGAAACUAGAACAAUUUGCAAAGCCUUCAAAUUACCCUUAGCAGAUGACGUUCUGCGAGUAAUACUUGAAAAACAUGAAGAAAAUGGUCAAAUUAAUUAUGUGAAACUGGUGUCCGGUCUUAACUGGAGAGAAAAUCCAAGUACAGUUCGACAGACUACACCAAUUAAGUUUGAUGCUGAGUGGAGUGGACAAGCUACAAGCAAUGCUGUAAACAGUGUGAACUACUUACUACUGCUUGAUGAUCUGUUUGGUUCCCAGGAAUAAAGCUACAGCCAUCUCCAUGUUCUUUUCUCCGUAUACCUUUCUGUAUUUCCAGUGUGUCUGUCAUUAGAAAAUGAUAUGGAAAGAAGUUAAUGUUCUAGUGACUGUGUGUACUGCUGUAUUGGGGAGCACAAUAAAAUAUCCUAGAAGGUAA